UGUAUACUAUACAGACGAUUGCUGUUUGUUCAUUGUCGGUCGGAUUAAAUUGUUGAUGAUUUACAAGGUCCAGAGUGUACGAUGAGCCAUUCGAUUUGGCAUUUCGAUCGAAAACCAUGACAAAUGUUUUAAAUAAUAUUACACAUCAAACGAUAUUGAAGAUUUCUACCAUGGUUCGUUACGGCUUUACUACCUAUUCGAGUACCGAUGUUGCGGCGGAUCAAAAUUUGUUUGUCCGUCCGAUUAAAUCAAAACAUCCAAUUGGCCCAUGUGCAAUUAUAUAUUCGAGUGGUACAGCAGGAACUCCGAAAGGAAUUUGUCUGAAGACGCUAGGAAAUCAGCUUUAAUCUCGUUCAAGCAGUCAUUAACGGAAGAACCUAUUGAAAACAAAUUUAGGACCGCUUCUCCUAUAUUUUGGUACACGGGAAUUGAAUUAAUGAUGAUCGGUAUUCAUUCUGGCAAACCAAGACUAUUAUUCUCGACAAAACCAACCACUGAACAAAUACUUGAUUCAAUAGACAAAUGUCAAGCAACAUUUUUAAUGACCGGUGUAGCUGCAAUCAAUGAAAUGAUGUCCUGUCAAAUGGCAAAUGACCACAAUUAUAAUAUCCAGAGUUUAACGACAUUCGUAGUUGGUGGGUCACCGAUGUGGCAGAUUUACAAAAGACAGUUGUAAACAAUUUAACUGCGGGGAAGCAUACGUGAUCAAACAAGUGUACGGUGCAUCUAAGCACGGUAUUAUAGCGGUUUGGUCGAUGGAUUCGGGCAUAGGUACCGUCAGAGACGGAUCUGUUGGUUGACCAACAGCUGGUAUAAAA